AUGGAUUGGAAGGCCUCAAUUUACCAGCGGCAUUACAACUCGCUUGGAAGGGAACCCAAAAAUUUUGGAAGCUGCUUAGAAGCAAUAGAGGGUCUUGCAAGAGACAGGAGUGGUUGGAGGCAGGCACGGCAGCACGACAAGUUCAAGGAGAUGGGAGUGGUUGGAGGCAGGCAACAGUGGCAUGACAAGUUCAAGGAGAUGGGAGUGGUUGGAGGCAGGCAUGGCAGCACGGCAAGUUCAAGGAGAUGGGAGUGGUUGGAGGCAGGCAACGGCAGCACUGGAAGUUCAAGGAGACGGGAGUGGUUGGAGGCAGGCGUCAACGGCAGCACCGUAAGUUCAAGGAGAUGGGAGUGGUUGGAGGCAGGUGUCAAUGGCAGCACCACAAGUUCAAGGAGACGGGAGUGGUUUAAAUUGGAGGCAGGCGUCAAUGGCAGCACAACAAGUUCAAGGAGACAGGAGUGGCUGGAGGCAGGUGUUGACGGCAGCACCACAAGUUCAAGGAGACAGGAGUGGUUGGAGGCAGGAAACAGCAGCACCACAAGUUCAAGGAGACAGGAGUGGUUGGAGGCAGGUGUCAAUGGCAGCACUACAAGUUCAAGGAGAUGGGAGUGGUUUAAAUUGGAGGCAGGCAUCAAUGGCAGCACGACAAGUUCAAGGAGACGGGAGUGGUUGGAGGCAGGCAACAGCAGUAUGACAAUGAAAGUUCAAGGAGAUGGGAGUGGUUGGAGGUAA